UCCGUGGGCUUCCGGGCACACGCUGCGUGGCCGCCACAGGCCGGGGUUCUGGAGCCGCCGCCGAGUCAGGGCGCCCUGAGCAGAGCGCGGCCAUGGGGAUCCUGGAGAAGAUCUCCGAGAUGGAGAAGGAGGUGGCUCGGACGCAGAAGAACAAGGCCACCGAAUACCACCUGGGCUUGCUGAAAGCAAAACUGGCCAAGUAUCGGGCCCAGCUCCUAGAACCAUCCAAAUCGGCCUCAUCCAAAGGAGAGGGCUUCGAUGUCAUGAAGUCGGGCGACGCCCGUGUGGCACUGAUUGGAUCUCCCUCUGUGGGUAAGUCCACCUUCUUGAGUCUAAUGACCUCCACAGCCAGUGAAGCCGCGUCCUAUGAGUUCACGACCCUGCCGUGUAUCCCAGGGGUCAUUGAAUACAAAGGAGCCGACAUCCAGCUCUUGGACCUUCCUGGAAUCGUUGAAGGCGCAGCACAAGGGAAAGGCCGUGGCCGGCAGGUGAUCGCUGCGGCACGCACAGCUGACGUCGUCAUCAUGAUGCUGGAUGCCACCAAGGGAGAGGUGCAGAGGUCUCUGCUGGAGAAGGAACCGGAGUCGGUGGGCAUCCGCCUCAACAAGCACAAGCCUAACAUCUACUUCAAGCCCAAGAAAGGCGGCGGCAUCUCCUUUAAUUCGACAGUCACGCUCACCCAGUGCUCAGAAAAGCUGGUGCAGCUGAUCCUGCACGAGUACAAGAUCCUCAAUGCAGAAGUGCUCUUCCGAGAGGAUUGCUCCCCGGACGAGUUCAUCGACGUGAUUGUGGGCAACCGGGUGUACAUGCCCUGCUUGUAUGUUUAUAACAAAAUUGACCAGAUCUCGAUGGAAGAAGUGGAUCGCCUAGCUCGGAAACCCAACAGUGUGGUCAUCAGCUGUGGCAUGAAGCUGAGCCUGGACUACUUGCUUGAAAUGCUUUGGGAAUACUUGGCUCUGACCUGCAUCUACACCAAGAAGAGAGGACAGAGGCCGGACUUCACAGAUGCCAUCAUCCUCCGGAGAGGGGCCUCCGUGGAGCAUGUGUGCCACCGCAUCCACCGGUCGCUUGCCAGCCAGUUCAAGGCACCAGCACCAAGUACAGCCCGCAGCGGGUGGGCCUGACCCACACCAUGGAGCACGAAGAUGUCAUCCAGAUUGUCAAGAAGUAGCCUGGGCCGGGCCUGGCCACCCACCUGUCUCCCUGGGGAGUCGGACCCAAUGGGACACACUGAAGCCCAAACAGGAAGAAUACAAAUACAUGUAUUCUGGG